UCUCCCAAGUAGUGCUGCAUAGUUAUGAAUGCAGUAGUGUAUCUCAGCGCUGUAGUGAGAGACCUAAUCCUAAGAGAACACACAGAAUUUCACCAUUUUAAGGCGACACCACAGCAUGCGCGUCUGCGCAUGAUUUGGGAAUAGUGCGCGCGCAUUGAAAACAACGAGACCCCCCCUAAGGUGAGCACCAGAUUGCGAUUUAAUGAAAGUUACAGUUUGAAUUUGAGUCCUCUCUGUACGUUGUUGCGCGCGCGCCCGACAGCUCGCGCAUUGGUGCGUGCGAGUGGGUGAGCUUGAGUGUUGGCUGUGUGUGUCUCUCUCUGUGUGUAUGACGACAGCAAAGAGUACGAUGUUAUCAGGGUCUGUGACGGGUCUGUAACAUUUCACAAGAGAUGGACUUGCAUUGGAACAUUUUUUACGCACACAUUACAAUGCGCAAUUUUAAGAGAGCAAAUUGGACUAAUUAUUUUUUUCUGUAUUUUCUUCUGCUCUGCAGUGAUCAGUAUUACUUAUAUAUAAUGGUACCUUGAAAGUAGUGAAGAAGUAGUGAAGUUGGUCAAAAAGUGUCCAGUGUGAAACUGCUGUCAAAAGUUGAAUAUGUUAGGGAAGCCCAUGUUAACUCCCGAAUCCUAAAGCUAGGGCUGAGGAAAUCGGCUGUUCGUGUUUCAACAGACAAAUAGACUAAUAGGCAGCUAAAUUACAUGUGUUGUCUUUGAAUGACUCAUAGCCUCUUUGCGGAAGCACACUAUUCGUCCCCUAUUCAGGGUGUGUGAGUGCUCGUCGCACAGGUAGAGCGGGUAUGGUUGCUCAGAAACCGCUGUGGAUGUGUCAAACCCGGGGUGUGAACGCCGCGAGGUUACGUAUAUUGUAGGUUUGUAUUCAGGGACCUAUUUUGCUCUUUUUCAUAACCUCAAACGUGAAAAUUAUUUAAACGUGGUGACAAAGCCUAUAGAUGAGUGAUUGUGCAAUGUAGCUUAAUGGCCGGUUGCUUUCUUUAUAGGUGUAGGCUAUUUGUUGAUUUCAAGUGACGUGAUGCAGGGUAAAUGGUAUUUUACAAGCCUAAAGACUAUAUAGCUGAUCAAUAUGCAUGAAGAACACACACUUUAAAUGUGCGCUGUUUCCAGCUUUGGGGUCUCCCUCGAAGUAACGCGCGCCGCGCGGAGGAAGCGCCAGACGAGACCGAUGCCAGUCCGGUUCCUUUUUGCACCUGUUGCAAGAGGAAGCGACAGUCCCGUGGGGUUCAUUAUCGCGGAUCACGUUGCAUCCCCCUUGCAACCCUCCACUGCUCUCACCCCUGCCCCCAGCUCUGCCAGGAAGGCUGUCCCGAGUUUGAAGCUCUACUCCGGACAUGGACACAGUCAAUGCCGAGAUCGUGCAGCGUGCCAGAACGACAUGCAAGUUUCCGCUCACCUUAGCCACUUUUUACCGCCUUUUCAGUUGGUUUUGCGAACUGAUGUCUCUAAAGGAUCGAUAACUAACCCACUUCUCCUUAGUGAGUAGGCGCUGGUCAGUUUGUCAUGUCAUCAAGAGGUACCAGGGAUUGGUAAACAUUGCGAGCCCUUAUGGUUAUACGCGGAGUCUGUCCAAGGGAACGCAGGGGAUUGCGUAAAAGGAAGUGUUGCUAUAGCCUAUGUACCUUUGUGGCGGCAAGCUUGGCGACCCCAAGUGUUUCCUGGCUUUGAUGCGACCCGAUUGCAGCUGGAGUAUGUCCACUGCAGGCCUGACGGCGCAGGAAGUCUGUUUACCCUCGCAAGCACUCUUCCUGCGGGGCAGCCACUGUCACAGCAUGGCCGGAACCAAGCCUUCCUGGAACCACCACCAUGACUUCGAUAAUCUGUAUUUCAGCAUGGACAGCGCGGUGGAUUACGGCUUACCAACAACACACCAGCCUCUCUCCCCCUCCUCUGUAGAAAAACCACGAUCGACCCUGUCCCGGGGCAGCCCUUUAGUCGCGAAGCUUCCCCCCAAGAAGUUCCGUCCCUCAGCCCUGGCCCUGGCCCUGUCGUCCAGCAGCGAGCCCCUGACGCCCAGCCCCGUGGAGGACGACCCCUUCCAGCGCCUGUCGGUGUGCGACCGCGUCAGCCCUCCGCUCACCCCUAGCCGGGUGGCCAAGCCCCUGCCCCCUCUUCCCUCCAACACCUCCUCCUCCCUCCUGGACCACCUGUCCUCCUCCACUGAGCAGGUCCAGGACAUCUUCUUCGCCGCGGACGAGAGCUGCAGGCUGGUGCCGGACGCGCCGUCGUCAUCGGGUAGCGUGGCGCCCUCGCCGUUCCGCUACGGCAUGCCGGGCCGGCAGAGUUGUAGAGGGCGGGGGAUGAUUAACUACGCCUACCAUGACGGGCCCACGCCACCGGUGCAGCAGCAGCAGAAGCAACCCCAGCCGCUCCAGCCCCAGCCCCAGCCCCCUCAGUCACCCCAGCCCCCUCAGUCACAGCAUCCACAGCAGCCCCAGCUCCAGCAACAUCCACAUCCACAUCACCACCACCAGCAUCCCCAGCAUCAGCAUCAGCAUCAGCACCAGCCGCAGCAGAGACGGCAGGAGAAGGAACUUUCUGAACGGCAUCAGCAGCAUCAUACUCCACACCAGCACCAGCACCAUCACCCACCCCACCACCACCACCACCACCACCACCAGCAACAGCAACAGCAGCAGCAGCAGCCCUCGCAGGACCAUGCUGCUGUGCAAGACCGCGCCGUAGCCGUGAGGAAACUACGCCGCUCCCACUCGGGUCCGGCCGGCUCCUUCAACAAGCCCACAUCGCUGCGCCUGUCCUGCCACCAUCGUAACGCCACCACCAACCACGGCUGCCAGCAGGACGCUGCCGCCAUCAUGGACAAACCCGAGAUCCCCCCGCGCGCCCCCAUCCCGCCCCGGCCCGCCAAGACCGCCGACUACCGCCGCUGGUCGGCCGAGGUGUCCUCGGGGGCGUACAGUGACGAGGACCGACCCCCCAAGGUGCCGCCGCGAGAGCCCCUGUCCAGCACCGGCACCGGCAGCGCCCGCACCCCCAGCCCCAAAUGCCUCCCCACCUACGUCAACGGCAUCAUGCCGCCCACGCAGAGCUUCGCGCCCGACCCCAAGUACGUGAGCCGCGGCGGGCUCCAGCGGCAGAACAGCGAGGGCUCGCCGUGCAUCCUGCCGGUCAUGGAGAACGGCUGCAAGGCCAGCAACACGCACUACUUCCUGCUGCCCCAGCGGCCCCCUUACCUGGACAAGCUGGAGAAGUUCCUCACGGACGGCUCGGCCAGCCGCCGAGGAGGUGGAGGAGGAGGUGGGACGGCCACAGUAGCCUCAAUCUCCUCCUCCUCAAGGCCAAACGGGGACGAUCAAACCAACAAACGAAGGACGCCGCCUAUCGACCUGGUGUAACAAAAACAGGCUGAUGGCGUAGUGUUGCCCCCUCUUGCAGGGCAAAAACAAGCAUAGCAUUUUUUUUUAUUUUGGUGUUCUUUGCCACCUCUUUGCGGACCUCUUUUGACAUUUCACUGCUGCUCCGAUGCAGUUGCUGUGGUUAAUUCUACCCUGGUAUUUUAUGACAUUGGGGUAUAAAUGACGUACCAAUUGCAGUUACUGGGACUCAUGUGUUGCUGUUGCUAAUAUUUGAGAAGCACUCUCAAUAGGAAUAGAUGAACGUACGCCGUGUGGAUGGAUGGACGCAUCAAUCGUUGGCAUUCUUGACUGCGAAUGAGAUCAGUCUCAUCCGGUUAUAUAUGUAUCAGAUGGAUUAUUUUUGAUAUUUCUCGUAAUUGCGUGUUCUAGUGCUUCUUGCCAACCCUGUGGUGCAGUUUUUUUUUUUGGUGCGAGCUGGUCUUUCACCUCAGUGUCAGUGUUUUGGAUUUGGUAACCCCAGAAUGACUUAUUUUGAAGUCACAUUUUAUGGCCCUCCUAAAGAAAUGGUUGCUUCUAUGUCUAGGAGGAAAAAAAGGAUUUUACUUUGUAUCUGAGAGCAACAAAGGAUCAGUUGUAAGACAUUAAGCGAUGACGUGCUAAAUGAAUGAAGUCUAAGGGAAACACGUCUGUGGCUUGAAGGCAUUUAUGAAGGAAUCGUCCAGCUUUAACACCCACACUAAAUUCCUGCAGUUCUGUGCAGGUAUAGAGAAGAAGAAUAUUGUCUUUUGUUUCUGCUCUCUUCAAAACUGGUCAAAAUGGUGUGUGCGUGCGUGCGUGUGAGCGAGCGAGCGUGCGUGCGUGUGUGUGUGUUAUGUGAAAUGUACAUUUUGAGCCAGUAGUGUCACUAUCUUUGUGCAUGCUUCCGGUGGGAAUGUCUGGUCAGACUGUCGUAACACGUUUGUGAACUCUGUGUGUUGUAUUCAAUGCAUGAACAGCCCAUUCAUUUAAAAAGCAGUACAUAGCUAGUAGUAUAUAGUACUGUUCUAUAUACAUCAUGCUAUACCGUGCCCAUAUCCAUGCAUAGUACAGAGAGACCUUUACAAAUACCGUGCUGUGUCAGGUGUUGCGUAGUCCCAAGCGUUUGCAUUCUGUUCAUGUCAAGGUAGUUGCUAUUGCACAACUGACAAUUUACUUCAAAGCUUGUGAAUGUGACUUGCAUUUGUAAAAGCUUUUUUGUUUUAAUUUUUUUUUUUAAGUCCCCUGUUUGUCAAGCUGUGAAUAGAAGUUGGGAAUAGUCUUGCUAUAGUCAUGCUACCUCCCAGAUUCCUGUUCUGUGUUGCUUUCGGCCACAUGUAGCAUGUCGAUAAAUAAAUACGGUUACAGAUAAAACAUCCAUCAAAAAAUAAUGAAGAAAGGUAAAACAUAUUGUCAUGUUUUAAAAAAUGUCAUACUAUCGCUAUGGUUGUUUUCCUGAAUGUAACAACGCAGUCAAGCAUGGAGAGAUCUGAUGAGUGGCUUUGUGUGAGUGAGUUGUUAUGUGUCGUACAGGCUCACCUGACCACUUGUUCACACGCGCACACACACGCACUCACACACAAACACACCUACGCACAUAUUCAUAUGGUGCACUUGUACUCUUGACACACACACACACACACACACACACACACACACACACACACACACACACACACACACACACACACACACACACACACUCACACUCACACUCUCUCUCUCACACACACACACACACACACACACACACACACACACACACACACACACACACACACACACACACACACACACACACACACACACACACACAGUCUUUCCGGUUCUGCACAUGCAUUCCUGUCUGACAUGACUGCUGUGGGUGUGGGCUUAGACGUGUAGGCUGCUGGCAGCGAGUGAAAGAAAAUGUAUUUCAUUGUUAUAUGUUGUUAAAGACAUCAUUGUGAUGUGGUAAAUGUAGCAAGUGCAUCAAAAGCCCUGGACAAAAAAAGCAACAUGGUCUGAUCAGGUCAAAAAGUCAUUAAGGUUUUCCACUUUGCAAGGAGGAGAAAAUCAAACUUUACUGAUGCUGUUUUUUUUCAUGUAAAACAAUGUUUACAUUGCUCAUUGUGUGUUAUUUAAUCUUUGCCUUUUUCCAUGUCUUACCUAAUUGAAAUGAAGGCAAGCUCAAGAAUAAUAUACAUUCUCUACUGUGGUAAAACUAAGGAAAAUGCACUGAGUGUACAGUGUGUGUGUGUGCGUGUGUGUGUGCGUACGUGUGUGUGUGUGUGUGAUGUAUUUAACAUAAAUCUGCUAUCCAUGAUGAAUUUAGUACUGUCUACAAUGUAGUCUUGAAAUGAG